AUGGUGAGCUACGUCGAUGGGCCAGAGCAUUCGCCUUCCGUCGGCGGGCGACUCAUAGGCGGUCGCUACCUUCGCCUGCGAAAGAUCGGAACCGGGUCGCAAGGCGACGUAUGGGAGUGUGAGGACAUUCGCACGUCGCACCGCGUCGCAUGCAAGUCCUUCUCCCCGUCCACGCGACGAACCAAAUCCUCCGUGGCCGUCCUCGAUAUAUACGCGGAGAUGCGCGCGUUACAAACCCUCGGCGGGCACCCGAACGUCGUACGCCUUAUAGACUUCUUCGUCGAUGCGACAGAAGUCCAUAUCAUAAUGGAACUUGUACAGGGCGGGGAUUUGUGCACAGAAAUCUGCGAGAACGGGCCGCUGCCGGAGCCGCUGGCUGCUACAGUGCUGCGUCAGCUCGCAUCCGCUGUCGCUUUCUGCCACGCCAACGGCGUCGUGCAUCGCGAUAUCAAGCCGGAGAACGUGCUGUUGGUGCGGCCGGUGCAGGAGAAACCAGAAGAUUGGGAAAGUGAAGGGCUGGAUAAUUGUCACCAGCAACAGAAGCUCCAGCCGCAGCAGCUUCUGGAUUCGUGCCCGUUACCUCUCAGUUUUAUCACACCAGAGGCGAGAGAAAAUGCGCUGCUACGAAAAGGGGGCCUUCGUGGCGAGCAGGAAAAGAGUGCGAUCAUGGAGAUGGCUUUGAGGAACAGGACGAAUAUCGCAGCACUCUUAUCGAGUACGGACCUGGUAACGGGGCAGACCUGCGCCGAUAUCAGCCCGAACGUCGUUCCGCAGAAUCUGUCACCGCUUCCUGACCUCCAGUCACCGCCUCCUCAUUCCCCCGCAGCUACUCCCAAAUCAAGCCCGGUUCGGCCGUCCGUGUUUUCGCGCUUCGGGAGGCUAAAGAUCCAGCAGGCCUUGGCGCAUCGGCUAGGCCACGUGGGCGCGGGGCGGGGGAUUGUCGGAGUGAAGCUGGCGGAUUUCGCGCUGUCGACGACCGUGGAUGGAGGGAUGUCGGGGCAGAAGCACGGGCGGGGAGCGGGCACGCGCAUGUACAUGGCUCCUGAAAUGAAGCAGCGCGGUUCGGGACGGGGCUCAGGAGAGGGGAGAGGUGGAGAGGGAGGAGGUGGAGGGAGGAGAAGUGGCGUGACGGAUGGUGCGCAUAAGGAUGUAACGAGAGGUGGAGAAGGGGAAAUAGGAGGAGGAAAAGAACAUUUUCGCACAACCAACCAUCCCGGUGAUGAGCGCAGCAAGGAGGUGCUUGAGGCCUUCUUUCCCCUCCAUUCACCUCUGUCCCCGCCACCCUCCUCGCCCCACCUCCCCUCCCUCACCCCCUCCAUUCUUCUUUCCAGCACAACCAACCAUCCGGAAGUGAUGAACGCAGCAAAUAGGUGCUGGAAGAUUUCUCCUCCAUAUCCCCCCCUUCCCCCCCUACUUCCUCACCCCCUUCUCCCCCCUCUCCCUCACGCGCUUUCCCCCCCACUCCCUCACCCCCGCCGCCUCCCCCUCAACCCUCAACCCCCACCCGCCCCUGUCCAUCACUCCCCAGCAAGUGAUGAGCGCAGCAAAGAGGUUCUGGACGCCUUCUUUUCUCGGCAAGGCCGUAGCAGAGGUGUUUUUCCUCCCCUCUACCCCUCCCCCCUCGUACAUCACUCCCCAGGAAGUGAUGAGCGCAGCAAGGAGGUUCUGGACGCCUUCUUUCUCGGCAAGGCCGUAGCAGAGGUGGUAUCAGAGCGGUUGGGGUCGGCUGUGGGAGAGAUUCUGAGUGAGGUGGGGAGGCGGCAGGCGGAGCAGCAGCAGCAACUGAAACAGUUUCAGGUGAGCUGGUGUGUCUAG